AGUAGAUGAAUUAUAAGAAAUAAGUGUACUUCCAUACUAAAAUAGAAGACUUAAAAGCUUGUAAAGUUUUACUUAGUGUAUUUCUGUGACUCUGGAGAAGAUACCCUUAGAGAAUGAAUAUAAAUGCCACGUUAUUUUUGUAAUAUUGAAUUAUGAUCGUCAGUUAUUUCGACUACCCCUUUACUAUUUGAUAAUGAUGAAAAGUUUCAAACGUACACAGCAAACAGUUUUAUGGUGAACACUUAUAACCUCUACCUUUAUUGCUUUAAUGUAUUGAUUUGUGUUAUAUAAUAUCUAUCUCUUCAUUCACUAAGCUAUCUUACAUUUGAGAUACUUUUAAGUUUCUAGUAUAUUUUAUACCAGAAUACACUUUUAGGUGUACAUUUUAUAUGUCAGCAUGAGCAUUGUUACGCACUUUAGACAUAAUAAUCUUGAGUAUGUAUUUACUGAAAUUUUCUUUUUUGGCUCUUUGGGUCACACCCAGUGAUGCUCAGGGGUUACUCCAGGCCCUGCACUCGGGAAUUACUCCUGGCAGUGCUUGGGGGACCCUGUCGGAUGCUGGGAAUCGAACCUGGGUUGGCCACAUGCAAGCAAACACCCUCACCACUGUACAAUCGCUCCGGCACUAUUUAUUGGAUUUUUUCUUUUUAAUCACAAAAAUAUUUUGUUUUGCUUUCAACUUUUUUUGUUUUGUUUUUCUGGUUGUGCUUUGUUGUUGUUGUUGUUGUUGUUAGGGGUCCACACUCGGCAAUGCACAGAGUUUAUUCCUGAUGUGGCUCUGGGAGCCACAGGUGGUGUCACACGUUGAACCCAGAUGGGGCACAUGCAGGGCGAGCUCCUUACACACUGUCUAUCUCCCAGCCCACUGUGUUUUGUUUGGGGUACACCUGCUCGUGCUCAGGGCUACUCCUCCCUCUUUGCAGUAACAUGACUCCUGGUGAUAACUUGAGGCACCGUGCAGUGCCAAGAGGCACACAAGCCUCCCACUUGCAAAGCACGUGUUCUGCAGCCCUUUUGAUCUAUUUCCCUAACCACAGAAAUAUUUUUCAUUUGUGCAUUGGUGUCUUUUUGCUAGAUCAGUAGAUGAAUUGGCAAGUAUUCUUUCCCUGCUUUUUGCAACUCUGUAUGAUUUUUAAUAAUACCUAAAAUUUUUACUAGUUUGCUUUUUUGUUUUAGUUUUUGGGUCACACAGGGUGAUACUGAGGGGUUACGCCUGGCUCUGCACCCAGGAAGUACUCUUGGCAGUACCUGAGGGACUAUUUGGGAUGCCUAGUGUUGAAAACUAGGUUGGGUGCAUACAAGGCAGAUGUCUUACUAUGUCCUCUGUACUGUCUACUCCACUGUACUAUCUCUCCAGCCCCAGAUAUUUUGUUUUUGUUAUACCAGGGAUCAAGCUCAAGUCCUCUCACGGUCAAGGCCAAGUGCUCUAGCGCUGAGCUACAUCCCUGAAAACAAAUGUGUUUUUGUUUUUAAUAAAUUUGUGUUUAUUAUUUUUACCCAGUUGUGCUCAGGGAUCACUCCUGGCAGAACUCCAGGAACCAUAUGGAGUACUGGGGGUCUUAACUCCACUUGCAAGGGAAGCACCCUGUGACCUUUUUUUUGUUUGUUUGUGUUUGGACUCCACUCACUAUAUAAGAUGCAGGGGAUCGAACCCAGGUUAGUUAUUUGUGAGACAAAUGCCCUACCCGCUGUACUAUGGCUUCAGCCCCCUGAGCCAAAUGUUUUAUGUCUUACCAGAUAGAAACCCAUCCUUACAGAAGGAGCUUGCUUCUGUAGAGAGAUUUAGUUCUUAGAAAGGCAAUUGAUAGAUUUUAGGGUAAGCCAGGAUUUUCUGCUUCAUCUUAUAUUGGCUUUAUAAGUCAGUCUUUGCAAGGGAAUUUGUUUAAGUUGUUGAAUCUGUUGGGGUAAAGUUGUUGAUAAAAUUUUUCUCUGGGGAGUUGGAGAGUUAGUACAGUGGGUAGGGAACUUGCUUUGCACGAGGCUGAUGCAGAUUCAAACUUCUCUUUCCCUACCACAUAUAUCCUCUGAGCGCCACUGGAAGCGAUCCCUCCGUACUGAACCAGGAGUGAGUCCUGAAAACACUGGGUAUGAUCCAAAAACUAAAAAAUAAGGUGCCGCUUGGUUCCCCAGCCUUGUUGGAUGGGAAGUUCAGAAAAUGUUGGCCUGGUCACUGCCACUGCAGUGGAUUGGGCCCGCUGCUGCCCAGGUUACAAAUUCAGAGACUAUGGAUUUGGAUAGGAAUCAGGAAUCAGAUAAUAGUCAAGGUGAAAGAGAGACUUCUGUAAACAACAGAGCAAGUGAAAAGAUUAAUUUGUCACAAGAUCAUGAUAAUGCUGUUUCUGAAAGUAAUGAUGAUGUUUUGUUGAUUUCUGUGGAUAUUCCUAAUUUGACAUCUCCACUUACAUCAAAUACAACAGGAUAUGAAAACAUUAAAUCCAGAAUUUCUAACCAUUUACCUUGUGCUGAAGUUGCUGUGCCUGUUAAGGAUAACGAUGAUUUUGUGAUUGAUCUGACAGAAGAUACCCUAUCAACAGAAAAUUCAGUGUCGGGCCUGGAGUCAUUUACAAAAGCUGUGUCAAGUUCAAAAGAGAGCACUAGCCCAGUGGCACGAAAUACAGCCCAGGAUCCUGAGUCCUUUGAGCACCUCCCGCCUCUCCCGGAACCCCCGCCACUACUGCCUGAACUGGUGGACAAGAUCCGAGACACCCUCCCACCCCAGAAGCCUGAGCUCAAAGUGAAACGGGUGCUGAGACCCAGGGGCAUUGCUCUCACCUGGAACAUCACCAAAAUCAAUCCCAAAUGUGCUCCCGUGGAAAGCUACCAUCUCUUCCUGUGCCAUGAGAACCCUAAUGAUCAGUUGAUUUGGAAGAAAAUUGGAGAAAUUAAAGCUUUACCACUCCCAAUGGCCUGUACUUUAUCUCGGUUUUUAGCUUCCAACAAAUACUAUUUUACUGUCCAAUCAAAAGAUAUUUUUGGGAGAUACGGACCGUUUUGUGAUAUCAAAUCUAUCCCUGGGUUUUCUGAAAACCUGACCUAGAAGUCUUGGAUAUUUAUCUAUUGUAUUAUGUUUUUGUUUUGUGUUUUCACAUUUGAGUUGUUUGUUUACAGUGUUUCUCUUAACACUAAUUGCUGAUCUCUAAGGCCAGUUCAGAUUGUGAACCCUUUGUAUAGGGACAGUCCUCCCUAUGUUGUAAGUGUCCUGUCAUUUCACGAAUUUCUGAUUUGCAUCCAGGAAGUAUUUCCAAUGACUGUUUGAGAACAAAAACACUAUCAUGGACCCAUGUCGCUGUACAAUGCUUGUGGCUGUCGUGUGAGUGCUUUGAACGGAGGCCCUAGGGUACGAGCAGCCGUAUUUCCUCUGUUGACAAUCAGCUUUUGGUGACCAGCUCAUGGUCAGCGUAGGUAUAGGAAAGAUCAGCUCUUUGCUGAGGCAGAAGAUUAUCCCUGGGGCGCAGCACCAAGAUUUUAUGAAAAUGUCUUGUUAAAUUGCUGUUUUGUUGUGUCCCUCCCCCCCUUUCAAUGGAAGGCAGCUAUGUCAAUUAUUUGAGAAAAUAGUCUAGAGGUUUCCCCUAAAUCUGUGUAUUUAUAUAUAUAAUACAUAUAUAAAAUAAAAGUAGUUAAACAUUG